AUGGCAACUUUGCUCAUCGGCAAGGCCGCAGCUAUUACUGGAGCAGUGACGGGCAUAGGUCGAGCCAUUGCAGCAGAGUACUUGCGACACGGCGCCUCUGUUGUAGUCAACCAUCUCGAUGACGAUGCCUCACGAGAACGUUUCGAGACGCUUGUCAAGCAGGCACCAGAUCCGAAGAAGCUCUGCGCCGUCGUCGGCAACAUUGCGGACAGGGACGUAGGACAGAGCAUUGUACGCUCGGCUGUAAAGCACUUCGGCGGGCUUGAUGUCUUCGUGGCGAAUGCAGGCGUGAGCCAAUUCAAAGACCUUCUCACACUUGAGCCAGCGACCCUGGAAGCACACGUCCAAACCAACAUCAUCGGGACCUUCUGGUCAACACAACCCGCGGCACAAGUCAUGGUCGAUCGCAAGAAAGGCGGAAGCAUAAUCGGCAUUUCCAGUAUCAGUGCUCAUCUUGGUGGCGCACAGCAAGUCCACUAUACACCCACCAAGGCUGCAGUGCUUUCGAUGAUGCAGAGUCAAGCUUGUGCGCUUGGGAAGUACGGCAUCCGAUGCAAUACGCUCUUGCCAGGGACUACGAGGACGCAGUUGGCUGCGGAAGAUCUGGCUGAUGAUGCUAAGCUCAAGUAUCUGGAGAGCAGGAUUCCAUUAGGUAGAGUGGCAGACCCGGAGGAUAUGGCGGGGCCUGCUGUUUUCUUGGCUAGUGAUAUGAGUAGAUACGUUUCGGGAGCGGAGAUUCUGGUCGAUGGAGGUUGUUCGAUCUCCUUGCAAUGA